UUUUUUUUUUUUAUGAUGCUUAGUGGAAGAAAACGCCCUCUUCACUUUGUUCAGAAAAGUGGUAUUGUAGAUCAAAAGAAUCAAGCUCGAGAAAAGAGAACCCAUCAUGUCAUGUCAGUCUUUUACGAACAAACAGAGCUUAUACCCAACCAAGACAGUCUACCUACAGCUCAACUUAAACCAGAUGCAACACUGAGUGCUUAUUAUACACCUCAACUCGCUUCUGACUUUUCAGUCGAUGUGGAUCUCAUUUGGUCUUUGGCAACUGCAUUCCAACAAGACCCCAACGCGAUUCAUGGUUGGAUUCGUGACUUGAUUCAACCUGGUCUUGCUAGUCAACUUGAACGCAUCACACAGAUCCAUGCGGAUGACCCAUUUGCCAGUACGUUUGUCCAUCUUUCUUAUGGUCAACGUGAUCUCGCUGCUGAACAAGCACAACAACACAAUGACUACCCUUUAGGCAUGUAUAUUGUCCAUGCUGAAUUCAAGGAUCUAAGGGACGUCAUUCAAAGUCAAAUUGCUUCAUUUCAAUCCAAAGGCGAAUGGCAAACGAUGUCUGUCUUUCACCGUAAAUGUUGGUGUAUCAUGGCGGGUGAUCUAGGCUAUGUGCCAAAAGACGACUUUGUGGUCACGUCAGGUGUGUAUUGGCAAUGUGCUUUAGGCAUGUACUUGUGGUAUGGCAAUCGAUAUGGUACACAGCCUAGUUUGGCACAGUACAACAAGGCAUUCAGUCAUAAGCCUGAUGUACAUCAUCUUCAGACUGUUCGACAUACAGCAGUGCCUGAUGCAAGCUGUCUAUGGUAUCAACUGUUACAGCUUCUUAUAGGUGAUGCAAGUAUUGCUGAUUUGGCUAUGUGGCCAUUGGACCUUGUCUGGUUGAUGGGUCUCUAUCGACCCCAGACAACAAUAGACCAAACUUGGCUAUUGAAAUGGAUCGAUCAAUUAGAGAUAAUGGAUUUAGCUGAAUGGGCUAUUUAUGCUUCCCUGUUUUUAUCAAGUCCUACACAAAAAGUCAAUUCGAUUCUUCGUCAAUGUGAAUGGCAGAAUGAAGCCAGACUGUUGAAUGAAUUCUAUAUCCCCAAGAAACAGAUCCAAAUAGCAAAAGCAUUACAUGCGCAUGAUGCAUGGGAUUAUGAACAAGAAUACAACCAUUUAAUACAGGGGGAAUUAUAUGAUCAGGCUAAAUUAGCUCUUUUCUAUUUUUUAUUGCCCAAAUUAUUCCAAAAUCAUGAAAAAGACAUUCAGGCAAGCAUAGACUAUAUCGAAGCAAUUCCAAAAGACAAGCAAGACGACCAGGUUAGACUGAUGUGCCAGGCAUAUCAUCAUGUGUUGUCCAAUAACAAUCAAGACUCCCACACACUCAAAAAAGAACUGGAUCAAUUGAAAGAAGCCUAUCCUUCUAGAAAUGUACAUGGGCUCAUCAAAGACUUGAUUAUAGCCAUUGAAUUAAAUGAACAAUAAAGUG